AUAACACCGUAUAAUCAUGAUAUAUCCAGACCGGUGUUCAAGAACCGAAAUAAUGCGAGGUGAACAAGUAUGAAACAUUAAACAUGUCUCAUGGCUGGAGGCAGGGGCAACAACAAGCAAAGUGGAAAUUUAGACAGAAUACAUCAAUGGCUCUGUUGCCAUCAGCUUUAUGCUUCUGUCAAGCCUGAACUUCCUUCCAGUGAAACAUUUAAAAAACAUCAACGUAUAGAAGAGAGCCGGAUUGUUGCAAAAAGUCUUAAUGAUCUACAAGAUAAUAUUUUGAGGCUCUUAUACAGCAAUUCACACUUCUCAAAAGAAGAACAAGUAUUGGUAAAAUUUAUUUUGAGUACUUGUACCACAAAACUUGUGAAUGCAACCUCUGCUAAUAAAGUAUUAAACACCAAUAAAAGAUAUGUGGAUUGUACAACACCAGAGUGUCAUUCAAAAAGCAUUGAAUGUUCAAGAAAUGUGAGAGAAUAUGCCACUGUGGAUGUAAGUCCCACCAUAUCCGAUAUGGCUGAUUCUGGUUUAGAAACUGGUUCUGUAAGUCCACAUGAAAACACCACAUCUGAGAAUUCAAGCACUGACUUUGAGGAAUUGCAAGUGACAGAAUAUACUUCUGGAAAUGAUGAUUUAGAUAAGAUUCGUGCUAGGCGUAUGCACAACAAAGAUAAAAAAGUAGUUAUAGACAAUGAACGCUACAAUUCAACUAAUAAUUAUAACAGCUCAUGUCACAUAAAGGACUUAGUAGAAUCAGGGUUGAUGGAAUGUGCUUCAAAUGAUCAUAGCGCAACAUGUUGUUCCUUCGAUACGGAACAAUCGCAAAUAGAUUCCUCUAGUUCAUCUACAGAAAAUGCUCAAAAAGCAAAGUUGCAUACAGAUGAAGUUUAUCAGUAUGAAAACCAAGUACUUAGCGAUCCAUUUUAUGAGUCUGACUGUGGUAGUGAUGAAAACGAAUCGUUUGAAUUUGUUACUCCCGACAACGCAUCUUCUGUGAAUACCAAUACUGAAAAGAGAUCUACGAAGGAGGAAUCCGCGGAGAAGUCACAAGAUGAAAAAAUAUGUCAUUCCAGUUAUUCCCAAGUUGAAAAUGCACAAUCAGAAAAUACAAACCAUGAAGUAUCACAUGAUACACACAAUCAGAAAAGUUCCUGUAAUACAAGUAAUUACUAUUUCAUCGACGCGUCGACUCUUAAUGAUGAAGUAGAAGUUCCAACUUCAAGUGUAGUUAAAAAUCAAUGUUACGACGAAAAAUCACAACCAUAUGCUUCCUGUUCUUCUAAAUAUGCUGCAGGUACUUCUAACGAUUUUGCUGAAGAGCAAUGCUACAAAUUUACACCUCUUAAAACAACUAAUUUACAAACUGGCCAUGAAAGAAUAGCAGAAUUUGAAAGGGAAUUAAAGCUUACCGAGUACCUAGAACCGCUCACUGAUACGCGGAAAAUAAGAAGAAACGAUUCUAUGAUGGAAGAAAAAAUAAAGGCAGAAACGCAUAAAGAAUCUUUGGCUGUAGAAAUCAAGGAAGCAGACAGCGGUGAAAGUGCACAUCCUUCUCCUUGUCCUGACAAUAAUAAAAUUAUAAACAAUGAUCGGCAUGUUGUGCCACGAGUUCAUAACGAGAACGUUUCGAACGUAGUAACAGUGGAUACUGAAAAAGAAAUCAUUGAGCAGGCUAACGAUAAAGAUACGAAUUUAACGGACGAUACACAACGACCUUCUCUUAUCAGAAGGAAUACGUUUGAGCUGGACUCAAAUGACGAAAAGCUCUCGGUGUUAAGGCAAGAAUACGAACGACGACAGGGAAAUCUCGUGUUUCAAAAUGCUAUACCACAAUAUUCAGGACACCGUGUUGAUGACGAUUCAUGUUUUAUUCCUCCUGACGAAUCUUCUAUUCCGAUAAGCAACGUUUUAAAUAAAUUUACGAUGGAUGUUCAAAUUCCAACUGGUAGUCAAUAUCAUACAAUGCCAUAUCUUCCACUGGAUAAUGGAAAAUAUGAGAUCAAUCAGACGCCACCAGAAAAUAAUAAUUCUCUGCAAAGUAACAGUAGAACCAAUAUGAUUUAUCCGGUAACCAAAAGUGCUAGUGACGAAGUUGUCACGGAUUAUCAUACAGAAUCGGACAACGGGUCAGGUAACUGUAGCAGCAGUUUGCCUGUUACGUUAAGUUGCAUCAUAGAAAAAGAUAAUAGAACUGAUACGAUAAAGAAAACUAAGUGCGACGAUACUACGCCUAUUAUUUCCGGCGGUGUUAGCACUUCGGACUAUUCUAAGCCCACCGAUAGUCCUACUGUGCGCCGAAAAACGGAAUCUACACCGAUUGUUUCAGGUGGUUCUGUUAUCAUGAACGAUCCUGACGCAAGAAUGAGACCCUCAAGAAUGUCUUCUUCUAUGACUGCAUGGGUUGUUGAUAUGAGCGAUUGUAAUAAAAAUGAUCCCAAGUCGUUAAACAUCACUCAUGCAGGAAUGUCACAAAGUUUUUCAAGUUCAGAAUGCGUGAAGAAACCGAUAAGAAAAAUAAGCAGUCACGAAAAGCACGGCAGCUUAGGAUUUUUCGUUAAUUUGAAAGAUAUGGAUUCGAAACCUAUUGCACAGCAACAAACUUAUCAAACAGAUAAAAAAGAGCAAAAUGAAUGUAGUAAAUCUUACUGCGAAUUUUACGUUGAUAUGUCUAACACAAGUAACGCGCCGAAAACUAAGAAAUUAGACGAAGAGGUAAUUCCUGUUAAGUCUGAGAAACCUAUCGAACCUGGCGAUAAGAAAAAUAUUUUUUCUAUGUUUAUCGAUUUGAGCGAUUCACCUAAGAACAAAGAUAACACUGUACAACAUUCUCACAGGCGAAGUUUCUCCACAUUCUCUGACAAACAAGUGGAGAUGAAGUUGGAUGAUACAAAUUCCAGCGAGAAUAGUAUUGCAACAAGGGAAACUCAAUUGUCGAUUGAACAAAAAUAUCUCAGAGAGAAAGCUAAACCAAGUGUCUUCAUGUACAUAGAGUCUGACUCUCCAGUGGUGAGAAGAAGAACCCUGUCUUCGUCGCGGCCAGCGUUUAAGCGACAUUCGUGGAACGUCGACAAAACGCAAGGCACCAGUAAUAAUAAUGGGCAUGUUGCAAAAGAACUGAUGUUCAGAAAAGAACACAAACGCGCACAUAGUCUCUCUGUGGAUCGGGGAGACUUGAAGAAGCUACAAACAAAGCCCAGUUCUUCAAGCCACUCUUUGAACGACACAACGAAGCCAGCAGAAUGUGUUACUCAAAAAAAUUCUAAACUUCUUCAAGAAGGUAACAAUGGUCCAAAUAACAUGGACACAUCUUCAGAAGAUGUAUUUGAGUUUGAUGUAAGGGACACGCCUCCAAAUUCCCACGUUGAAGUGAUCAACGAGGAACUUCGUGUCAGCGUAAAAGAGCACGAGUAUACGGAAUUGAAAACCGAUAGAACCGUAGAUAGUCUAAACGCUACCGAUGCUAAAUACGAAGAUGAAUAUUCUGAGACUUCAGCGUGGGAGAAAACAUGUACCGAGAGCACCGAAGGGCAAACGCGUAAAAGCGAAACGUUCGAUAUCAGUAGCGGUAGUGGUCCAUCGCCUGAUAGCGAUAAUCAUGAUUACGAAUUAUCCGAAUUAUUAAACGGAGAAGUGCCAAACAUAAAUCGACCCCAAGUGGUUCCUGCCGUAGGUAGUAAAAUAUCGGAGACACAUAAAUCUUUAAACGAAACGAUUAAAAAGAUUGAAAGUGAACUGAAAAGUCCGGAUUAUGUGAAACCAGAAACAGUAUACGACAAACAAAACGUAACGUCAAAGAAAAAUGAAAGGACCAUGGGACAUAAUCUAAAGUCAACAUCUUCUAACUUUGUUCGAUUAUCUGAUUUAGAUAAAACACCUGUAAUGUCUCUUUCGACGGAUGUGUUGACCGUGAAAGAAGAUAGAAGUACCUAUCGUAUGUGUAACAGUAUACCAGAGACUUCUUGGAUCGAAAGUAAAUUAGUAAUGUCCAGAACAAAUGGAUCUGUUAGACCACUUCCUAGGAAAUUUACAUCGGUCAUGAGCACAUCUCUACCACCUAAACAAAAGUCUCCUCUUGAAGAACUAACAGGGGAAUAUGACGGAGAAGGAAUUAUAUCAGAAUCUGAUUUGAGUAGUAUGCAGAGUAGCAUGGGUCGUUCUGGCGCUGGUGUUAGACCAUACAAUAGAUUAGGGGAAGAUUUGUUGAGAAUGUUCUUAGAGGAAAUUAAUCCAGAUGUUACGAUUGAUGUAGCUGGACGUCGUAUAAGAGCUCACAAGUGUAUAUUGAGUUCUCGUUGUCAAUAUUUCGCGGCGAUCCUUAGUGGCGGAUGGAUCGAGAGCGUAGGAAAUGUUAUUUCUCUGCCUGGUUAUUCUUACGAUGCGGUACAUUUUGCACUGUGCCACAUAUACAGCGGAGAAAGUAAUAUACCAGAUACUAUAAGUAUAGUUGAACUAGCAACAUUAGCUGAUUUGUUAUGCUUGGAAGGUCUUAAAGAAAUUAUUGGAUAUACGCUUAAAGUUAAAUAUUGUCAUCUAUUUCAUAAGCCUUGCCAAAUAUGUGCCGUUGGUGUAUUAGAGUGUAUGCCUUUAGCAGCAGCCUAUGGUCUCGACGAAGUGUAUCGAAAAUCUCUUCGUUGGGUAACCAGACAUUUCGUACGAAUAUGGCCAUGUAAGGCAUUUGCUACGCUUCCAAAAGAACUUAUGGCAAAAUGUUAUCAUCAGCAUAUUGUACAUAUGUCCACGGACAACGUGCUUCAAACUAUGAUGGAUUGUGAUAAACUGCUCGCGACUUUGCCAAAUGUCCGUUGGGCUGAACCAGUCUUCAGAAUGGUCUCAAACUUGUUGGAAACUUCGGUGAAAUUUUUGUCAGAUAAUUUCGCAGGAGUUUUAGGAAACGAAAACUUCCAAUCUCUUGGUCGAGAAUUAACAUGGAAUAUUAGUCGAUUGGAGGAUAAUUUCUUGGCCGCUUCCGAACGUUUACCGCCUGAACAAGCGUGUAAAAGUUACUCGAAAUUGCAUAAAAUGUUAACUUCGGCGCAACAAGACGAAGCUCAAGAAAAAAUAAAAUGGGGGCCUUUGUUCAUUGACUUUUUGAAGAAAAUUCAGAGUCGAGUGGAAAAAUGCUUGGUUAGAGACGCAGCACGAGCCGCAAGGACUACAACAUGGUUGAAAAUGGACUUGGAGCUCCGGCGUAGAAUACAAGAAUUAGCUUGUCUUGUAAUAUUACCUAAUGAAACAGUAAAACGUCAGUCAAGGCAUUCUAACUUCUUAAAGGAACCCAGACCAGCAUCAAGUCGUUCAACAACCACAAACAGAAGUCUGGAUUUGAAACGCGUAAAAAUGGUUAUAUCUGAACACAAUCAUAAAACUUUAAAACAAAUGGCAGCGCAACAACCGAAGAAAGUUCUUAAUAAACCAAAAAGUGAUCCAUUGGAACGUAAAGUGCAAAACGAUAAACCAACUACUACAGAAACAAACAGGCCAAAGUCGUGGCCUAAUAAAUUAGAGGUAAAAUCAAGGUAUUUAGAACCUAGAAACAAGUCUGUUCCAAAAGAAACCCCGCAACCAAUACAUCUGGAAAAAGUUAUGAUACAGCAACGACGAAAAAUAAUGAUUUCGUCUUCAGACUCGUCUCGAACAUCUAGUCCGGCAAUGAAACGCGCUACCGACAAAAAACCAUUAGCUAAGAUAAAAUUGCCCAUAAAAAAAGAUGUAAAGGCUCUUUCUUCGGAUAGUUUAACAGAAUCCAAUGCGAGCAGAACGAAUACCAAAAAGGACUCGAUCAGUAAAAGUUGCGGUAUUACGCGUCCAGAAUCUCCAUCUUUUAAACAAAAAAGUACAGAAAUAGGCUUAUCUGUAGAUUCGUUAGCAGAAUCGAAGAAUAAGCCUGCAACAGUUAAGAAGAAGACUAAUAAGAUGGACACUUCGAUGUCCACAGACAGUCUUAUGACUGAAAUAACAACAACGCCCAAGUCAAAUACAUCAAACAAACUUUCUCCAACUUUAGGAAAAACAACGAACAAAGUACAACUUUAUGACAAAGGGGCAAAGAAGAAUUCACCACCGAUGCAGCAAAGAAGCCCGCUUACGGCAACAAGAAGACCACGAAGAUCUUUAGAGUGUUCGACCGCAGCCAGUAGAAGCAGGGCUGCAGCUAUUAGCGCUUACCAUUUGCGAAGAAAUCUUCUAGAUGCUGCGAAAACGCCGGAUAUUCCAAGUAAGUCAUUGAAUAACGUGUCGUGCAAACCCGUAAACACGCGGCCGGUUACGCAAUCUACAAUUAAUCAUCCUAACGUAACGAGAGAAAAAAAGGAAGGAGUGCCGAAUCAACAGGGCUCGGAGAGUCCUAGCAAAAGAUCUUCCCCUAAAUCGUCUGGCACUAAUAAAAUAAACAAAACUACGGUCACUAAUAAAAGGACAACAACUACUACUAAAACCUCUUGCGAUGAAAAGGUUAAAAAUAAGUGCCAUAAUGGGGAAGUUGCAAAACAACCUACGGUGGGUUCUAGAUCGGGAACCUUUUUAAAAGAUGAACCCACAAUUCUUAAGAAAGCAGAUAUUAAAUCUUCUCAAAUUAACACUUAAAUUUAUGGACUGGUCGGUAUGUACGUUUUUGUACGUACAUAGCGCCGUUAGUUUUACGAGUAUACAUAUAAAACUAUUGUCUUUAACCGCAAACGUGAUAAAUC